AUGUUAAUUAUCUUCAGUGUAAUUACAUUGUAUACAUUAAUAUGGACGACGAAUGAAUUUGAACGACAAGAACAACUACGAGACGCACCAUUACCACCCGGUGCUGUCCCAUUUUGGUCAGCUCUUGAUCAUCAAAAUAUAUAUGAUUUAUAUGCACCCUCAGCUAGUAAAGAACCCAAACAGUCGUCAAAUAUUACUCGACAACGUAUUGAAGAACUCUUUCAAUUGAUACGCAAUGCACGUACCGAUCAAACUCAUUCAGUCAGCAUAAAAAAGUUAUAUCCUAUUGAUCCAGGAUGGAAUUUUCAAAAAUUAAUUGACGAACGAGUAGCACGGGAAAAAGAAGAUGAAAAUAAAAAAGAUUCCGAUGCACAUGAUGAAGCAAAUGAUUCAAAUACGAACUCAACUAAAACAACACCGAUAAAUUCUCUACCUGAUUUAACAACAAUAGAAAAAACUGUUAAUGAAUAUGAUAAAAUCCAAUUAAGACAUUAUAUACAUCAAUUACUACAUAAAUGGAAAAAAGAACACGAAAAUGAUAAAAUUGUGACCAUAGCAGACCUUAUGCAUGAUGAAAUUCUUCAAGAAGAGCCAUCACGAUUAAACACAUCAUGGUACGCCUGUAUGACAAAAGCAACUAAUCUACGUGUUUACGAUCCACACAGUAUGGAAUUAAAACGUCUCCUAAAUCAUUUACAGAAUGGUGAAGUUAUUGAAGCAAGUGAAAUGUCGCAAGGCACACAGAUUAAAAUUAUUCUAGAUCUGCCAGAUGGUUUCGAAGCCCUAUUUAAGCCGUAUAGAGUACCGCGUAAUUAUCAAACACUACCAGAUCAUUUUUACUUCAGCGAUGUUGAAAGACAUCAUGCUGAAAUAGCUGCUUUUCAUGUAGACAGAAUUCUUGGUUUUUAUCGUGUUCCACCGGUUAUCGGGCGAUUAGUUGAUAUAACUCGAGAUAUUCGUGAAACAGCAACAGAAGAAUUAGCAAAAACAUUUUUUACUUCGCCUGCAAAUAACACUUGUUUUCGCGGUCACUGCUCAUACUAUUGUGAUACAUCUCAUGCCGUUUGUGGUAAGCCAGGCAAUAGACUCGAAGGUUCGGUUCAAGUUCUUUUACCAAGACCACCCGAAAUUGAUUGGGAUAAAAUUACUCAUCCAUAUCGUCGUUCAUAUAGUGCUGUAAGAAAAGCUAAAUGGGAGUCAGAUGAAAACUAUUGUUAUGAUCAUGUUUUUUUGGACGAAGAAUUCCAUAGUCGUCUACUACUUGAUAUGAUGGAUUUAUCAGCCUAUGACUUUCUUAUUGGAAAUAUGGAUCGUCAUCAUAUGAUGCGUAUUGGUUCGUUUGGGGCGAACACAGCUUUAAUCCAUUUGGAUAAUGGCCGAAGUUUUGGUCGAUACGAUCAUGAUGAAUUAACAAUAUUAGCACCUAUUCGUCAAUGUUGCCUUUUUCGUUACUCAACAUUUGCUCGUUUACAUCGUGUUUACCGUCAAGGUCUUUCAACAUUAGUUACUCGCUCAUUGGAAAACGGAGAAAAACUACAGAAAAUUCUCAUAGACGAACAUGUUGCAGCACUAGAUCGACGUUUAGAAAUUCUUUUCGACCAUUUACAUGUAUGUAUUAAAACUCAUACAGUGAAAGGCGUGAUGGUAGACGAUGGAAUCGAUUGA